GAAGUGCUAUCCUGUCUUUCCCGCUACUACGAAGCUUACUUGGCGGCUUCGCAUGUGGGCAAGCUUUCGAUGAAGCCGUUGGACUACGAGACCGAUUUUCUGAUCAACCCUCGUUGGUUGAGGCUGGACAAGCGCGCAGCCUCAAUGAUUCUGGCGAGUAUUCCCGAGGCUGUGAAGACGGACAUCCUUGCGGCUAGAUUUGCCGGGACUUUGCCUAUGUUGGCCAGGGUUGUUGUUCUGUAUCGGCCUGGAUCGGUGGCCGAGAGGCAGCAGAUUCUUCAAGCUCUUGAGUCGCCGAGUGUGGCUCGAUCACCCUCUGAUGCUGUAAACGAACUACGAAAGUGGAGCCGGUGGGUGGCACGGGCAUUGGAUAUGGGCCUACAACCACCUGACCCUAGCGUUUUGAUCAAAGGCCUAGAUGGCAUGACGAGGUCGGUGUUGGGUGACUAUUCUGAUGUGGCCUUUCGCAUCUCUAUGCUUCGCUACAACUUGGAAGUCGAUACCCGACCUACAAUCAAAGGGGCUCAGGACUUGCAGCAGGCCUUGUUGUCCGAGCUGGAGCAGGUUGCCUUCAGGCAAGACAGUGGGAGCCCGACCUCUAAGGCCAAGGCAGGCGUUGCAAAGGCUCCGGCCCAGGCGCACGUGGCAAUGGUGACGACCGAGGCAACCUCAGUUCUACCUACACCUGCCGAGCCCAUCGCGUUCUUCAACUUCCGCGGCCUCUACUUUGAACUCCUCGAUGGCAUCCUCGACUGCGGCUCUACCAGAAGGUGGAGCGACGAGCUACAGAACUUGGGUGUGAUCCUGUUGAAGGUCGGAUUCAGGAGCAAGCCACCCAUAUCGCGUACUUUGCUGGUCCAGGCCUCGAAGGGCGGUGCUUCAAGCGGGCCGAUUGUCCCGUCAGGGGCAUUGGUCCAGGACCUUGGAUGCCAGGUCUCCUGGACGAGGCGUGGCGGCUUAACCAUUCGGCGCCCGGAGCACGGCGUCAUUAAGCCCACCAUGGUGGGUCGAUGUUCUCAGGCCCUUGACCUGAUCUAUGAGAUCGAGUGCGAAAAGCUACGUGAGCUUCGCUCCGCUAUGUUGGUCCAGAUUGCUAUCAACCGUUCCAAGGCCGAGGACCUUAGCAUGAUCGCGGGAGCCUACCGGUGCCUUCUGUGGGGUGCUGCUACGGGAAGGAUUGAUGGUUUCUUUGGGAGUCCGCCUUUGAAGCCCGAGCUGAUUCAGAAGAUGAUGUGGCUGGUUACAGUUGCCCACGAACCUCAUGUACCACAAGCCGACGAACCUCAUGUACCACAAACCGACGAACCUCAUGUACCACAAGCCGACGAACCUCAUGUACCACAAGCUGGAGGUCUUGUUAGUAUGCUUGACGAUUCUGGCCUAGACCUAUGUGACGAUGGAAGUGGGGUGGGUCCUGUACCUUUAGGUGAUGAAACGGAUCCGAUGGAAGAAGUCCCAGAAAAGCGUGUGCGAGGUGGAGUGGAAUGUGAUGAUGAGCUGCGGGGUCUCUCUCAGGAGGAGUUUGAGCGAAUUUGCCGCGAAGUGGACACUGAGAUGGAGUUCGUCACCGUCUAUCUGGCGAGGCCCUUGCGUACAAGGACCUCUGUGGAAGUGACCUCAUCGGCUCAGGAACUCAUUUUGAGACUGAAGUCUGAGGGUCUUUAUGUGUCAAGAGUUCAUAGCCACCGGGCUCGGGAGUUACGAGUUCAACCUCUUCGGCGAUGGCUGCUUGGUUACCUACACGGAGGACAAGCGCCCCAGUCGAACGGACGAGCUGAAGCUGCUGUGAAAUGGACCAAGGCGGCAGUGGAGCGACUGUUAUCUGCGGCCAGUCUGGGUAAGGAGAACUGGGCGGUGGCAGCAAACUAUGCUACGCAGGAGCAGUUUGAACGCGUGCUGAAGGGUUCAUCGUCUAUGUUGCCAUUUGGGACCAAGGUGCAUGUGCGCUCCAAAGUCUAUGGCACCGGGGGUCGUUACGACUUGGACUCCAGAUGGAAGGCUGGCCGGUAUGUGGGGCCGAGUUUAGAAGUACGCGGAGGCCAUGUGAUCAGGUUUGACAAUGGAGCCUUUAUGACCUCAACACAUUUGAGGCCUUAUCUCGUGGACUCCGAUCAGAUCGUGGACUUGGAGGAGUAUGAGGUGAGACUUCCGAAUCCUGAGCGACGGCUUCGAGCAAAAACCGGAGCACCUGCUGUUGAAAAUGAUUACCAGGAGGUCGAUACUCCUAUUGACCCUGAUCACCCUGCGGAGCUCUAUGCGAAGGACUUGCGUGAGGAGGAAAUCUUGUAUGCGGAGCCGAUGGAGACUCUGGCUAUGAUGCUUCCGACGACUACAGCAACACCCAAGCGGUUUGGUCCGCAGGCCCAGACGCAGAAGGUUUGGAUGGUGGGAGCGUUUGUACUUGUACAUGGUGGGAUUGCAGGGGUGAAGAAUGCAACCUCUUCUUUCUCCUACAGCACUCGCGUCCUCGUUCGCUAUGUGAAGCAACUGGAUCCAACCCACAAGUUCAAUUCCCUCGCCAUCACAGUGGAUACAGAAGCGAAGCAGCAUGUGGAUGCACAUAAUGUGGGGAUGAACUUGAUUGCUGGGCUGUCUCGGUUUAAGGGUGGAGGUGUUGAGGUGGAGGAGCCCGAUGGUGUGAAGUUGCUGGAGCUUGAUGGUGCCCAUACUCAUCAAGUCUUCAACCCAAAGUAUCGGCACAGCACGAGGACAAGGUUGAUUUACUUCGCAGCUUUGGCUUUGAUUGGGAGCCACAUCUUUCCAAACCUGCUGUUGGAGGACAACAUCGUGAUUCCUCAGACCAAGUGGGUGGACCUGGAGGUUGCCAUUCAGGACCUAGAGGAUCGUGCUGCUCGCCUACGGGAGCUCGCCUACGGGAUCUCCUUGAGGGAUCAAGUGAGCGUCUUUCUGGACAAUGUGCACGAAGAGUUGGUUCAGGCUGAGCGAGUUAAGAGCGCGAUUUGCCUUAGUGCGGUUAAGGCCAGCCAAGACCCCACACCGGAAGAGGAGAUCGAUUACGAGUCCUUGCUAGACAGCCUGGAGGGAGAUCUGCAAGUUGUGCACACCGUUCGCCACAGGUGCGCAGGGCAUUGGAUCGGUGGACUGCAGCCAUCCGCAAAGAAGUGGAAGCUUUAUUCACCUGGGGGUUUACGUCGAGCAACGAUUGAAGAAGCCCGCCAAUUGGAGGGAGUGGGUAGGUGCCAUCAGUGA